UGUAAUAUGGGAUAUGUUUUAUUUGGAAUAGUAUUAUCUUAAUUGGAUGAUUACAUUUUAUUAAAAAAUUAAAUAAUAUAAUACAUUUUGAUUUGGUCUCAUAUCUUUCUCUCAACCCCUCUCUUUCUCUCUCUCUCUCUUUGUCUCUAUAUGCCAUUAACUUCUACAGAAUCAUUAUCAUUAAUUACUUUAGAUUCAUCUAAAUCAUCUAAUUUAUGUAUAUCAGUGAAUAUACCAUCAUUAACAAAAGAAUCAAUUAAAUUAUCAUCAUGUAAUAUAUCACCUACAUUUAAUAUAGAUGAUAUUUUAUCAACUCAUUAUGAACAGGAUGAAUUAAAUAAACAAACAUUGAAUGUUAAUAAAAAUUAUCCUAUUGUUCAAAUGAAUGAAACUGAUCAUACAUUUUUAAAUAAUGGAUUUAGCUCAUAUGGUAUCGAAUUCAAACAAACCGAUUUGUACAUCUUGAGGUCAGUUACCUAAGCAUGUUCUUUACAUUCAUAUAACAAGAUAUUUAUGAUAGUAAGCGUAGUAGGAACUCAGCGUUUACCUUCAGAAUUUACAAAUUAGUAUCAUCUUAUUAAC